AUGGGAGGUUCAACGCGCCCUGGGGAGUCCCAGGGUUCUAUUGCAGCAGCCGACGCAGCAGCAGCAGCAGCAGCAGCAGCAGCAGGAGCAACUGGAGCAUCAGGAGGAGGAAUAGGAGGAAAUGAAGCUCUAAAGCGUAUUGAGGCAUCUGUAAAGGAAGCAUCCUCUCUUCUUCAAGAGGCCGAGGCUUGCUUAGACAGCGAUCGUCCGAAGGCUGUGGGUUUAUGUCAGCGUGCAUUGACAGCAGCAGCAGCAGCAGCAACAGCAACAACAGCAGCAGCAACAACAGGAUCAUUAUCAGUAUUAUCUGAAGUUGCAAUUUCUGACGGAUUAAAGGAUAUAUCUUCAUCAACUGAUGCAACAGGAACCCUAACGACCCCAACAAGCAGCAGCAGCAGCAGCAGCAGCAGCAGCACAAUCAGCAUCAGCAGGAGCAGCAACGAGUUGUUAUUAACAAUUCGUGAAUCAGCUCUUCGUGUAUACGAGGAAGGAGUAGUAUGGUUAGCUGGGGUGUAUGCAGAGGCGGGUAUACUGCAUGCACAAGAUAAAGAUUAUAGGACAGCCUUCUCUUAUUUCUAUGAGGCAUUUGAGGCAUUUAGUAACCAAGAAGCAACUCAUGAGACACAAAGGAGACACGAUAGAGCAGCAGCAGCAGCAGCAGCAGCAGCACAAGGUGGAGAAACAGCUGCUGCUGCUGCAGGUGCUACAGCUGCAGCAGGAGAUAAACGUUUCCGUAAUUCCGAGGAGCGUGAGUUAGCAGUACGUGCAUUAUCUUAUAUGUUAUUAACAAAGAUAUUGAUGGGUAGACCAGAGGACGUACCUCAAUUAUUAACAAAUCGUUAUAGUUUACGUUAUUAUGUACAGCCAGUAGCAGGAAGGAGUGUGGGAUCGUCUGGGAUCGUGUCAUCAUUAUCAGGAGAAGAAAGAGGAGUAAAAAAUGAGGAUAUUGGGAUCGUCUCUUUAGGAGACGAUCCCAAUAUAAAAUCCAAAAAUAUAAUAUUAGAUACCGAUCCCGAUCCCGAAUACGAUCCCGAUCCCGAUCCCGAUCCCGAUCCCGAUACAAAUAUAAUAAAUGAAGAAAUAAAUAUAGAUCCUAGUGAUACAGCUAGCGCACGAUUAGAAUUUUUACGCUUAUUAGCAAUAAGUAGGAAAGAAAAAUCCCUAAAUAUGUUUCGUAGAUUAUUACGAAUAAAUAAAUGGGUACUUAAUGGUGAUAAUUUCUUAGAGGAGAAUCUUAAUGAAUUAUAUAAUAAAUUAAUUGAGGAGGAUUUAUAUAAAAAAUUAAAUGCAUUUUCUUGUGUUGAAUUAAAUUAUAUAUCUAAAUUAAUUAAUUUACCAGAAAAAGAAAUAGAGAAUAAAUUAUCUACAAUGUUAUUAGAUAAUAAAUUAAAUGGUACAUUAGAUCAAGGUAGGGGUGUAUUAAUACUUUAUCCUCAGCAACAUAAACAUUUAUUAUAUGAUCAUGUAUUAUCUACACUUACUAAUAUGGCAUCUGUUGUUGAUGCUCUCUAUGAGAAGGCGCAGCAGACACUCUAG